UGGAAGCGGUAUUUCCGUCGAACAGGUCUUCGAUCAAUACUUCAAUGUCUUCAGGCUGAUACUUUAUGUACUUCUCCGAUUGUCUUCCCUGAUCGAAAUGCUGCUUGAAUCUCCCCACGAACGAACGGUACGCCGGAAUCAUCACCGCCGACACCGAAACCCGAAGCUCCGAUUGAAGCUGCUCGUCGCUCACCACCCAACUACUCUGCACUUUGUGUAUUUCGUCGAACAUGGAGUUGAAGCUUUUGAAUCUCUCCUUUAAAAUCGGCUUUGAUACCUUCCCGUUCACCAUCAAUCCUUCGUGGUUCAGGCAUUGCAGCACCUUACUCCAUGUUUCUCUCUGGUAGUUUUUGUGGUACUGUCGCAGAUUCGUUGAUCGCUUGCGGCACCAACGGUCGCCCAUUAACUCCUUGAUUCCGGUUGAGCCUUUGAUUUUCUGUACUACGUACCUUCCGUUGUUCAUCAGGAAGAUGUACCGAAGAGAUGCGUCGCGAUACAAUUUUGAUCUCAUCACCAGAUUCGUAUCUAGCAGAUCCAUCACCAUAGCGAUCUGACUUGCGAGGUGAGAAUUUCUCAGCGACGCGUCGUCGUUCUCGUCCACUCUUGCUGAUUGAUCUUCUUCGGUUUUAGGGUCAAUAUAUUGGAAGACUUGUUCUAGGGUUUCUCUGUACUCGCAAGCGUAUUUUAGGUAAUUCAUUAUGUAGCGCGUUAAUGGAUGAACUGCUCCUCCUGGAACUGGAAUUUUAGCGUUGUCGCUUCUGAUUGAGCUUUCUAGGUCGUAGAAACUUCCGACUAUUGCUUCUCCCAUACCACUUUUUGCCCCUUCCGCUUCUGAAAUUAGCUCCGUUCUGCAAUUUUCAGGGAAGUCAUUGAUUACUGGAAUUAAUUCGCAGAUCCUUUCGUACAUGUCCAGUAAUUUGAACAUCUUCUCCGCGGACCGCUUUGUUAAGACGACGGCGUUUGCGAAGUUGAGAAGCUUGAUGAUGACUGCUCUUGUUAAAUUGCUGAAGAUUGUAUGAGAUAUGAAGGGAUGAUCGGUGAAAACGGAGUCACAGAGCUUCAACUCGCCUGGGAACAGAGAUUUUGAGCAUUUCUUGAUGACGGCAAUCCAUUUGUCGAUUUCCGAUUGAAGAGUAUCCCAGUGCAUUUUCUGAACCUCAUCAUUGCUAAUACUUUCAUACCCGAGCUUGUUCAAGAUUCCUCUGAACGAGCUCUGCCGGAGGAAGCUGUAACUCAUACAACAUUCCUUCUCGUAGCCGGCGUAGAUCAUUGUUCCGGCAAUUCUCUUCAUGUUUGACACAGUUUCCUGCGAGAAAGAAGGGUAUACGUCUUCCUUAUCGGACUCGGAACACUCAGGAACGGUUCUGUGAUGUUGAUCUGGUAAUUCGUGGUUUGUUUUGAAGGACGAUUGCUUUGACGAUUUGGUGUCAGAUUUCGAUUCAGGUUUCGAUUCGAGCUCGAGAUGCUUGCAUUCUUUCAGAAGGUUGUUGAAUUCUUCAUCCAACAACGUCAUGGCUCGCUGUAGAGCAGCGGUGGUCCGAUUGAGCGAAGGAAUGGUGGCAGUGCAGAGAUUGAAUUCGCCCAAUUUAAUGGCAAUCUUGGAAAUGCGAUCCAGAGCUUCGAAAAAGGAAGAAUCCCGGUCGGGAUCUCUGCCGAGCUUGGCAGGGUUCUUGGUAGAAUUGUACCUGGAGGUCAUGGAGUCCACCAGAUUGGACAAGGAAUGAACGGAGGAGGGAAUGUCAGGGAUGGGAUUGAAUGCAUUGUCAGCAGCAGUGGACAAACUGUGGAGGAAUCGAUCAACCUCUUGGAAGAGCGAGGCAAUUUCAGAUUGGGAAAGAAGGUGGUGGUAAUGAUCAAUGGAGGAGGCAUCAUCAUCAUUUGGAUGCUUUUCAGAAUCCGAUUUAGCAUCAUCGGCGGCAUCGGGAGUGCGGCCAGAAAAAGAGAAAAAAAAAAACGAAGCGACAACAAUAUAUGAAGCUGGUCAAAGUGUGCUGAGUGUGGAAAUGGAAGCUGCUUACAGACAACCGAGCGAAGAAGCUAUGGAGUCGAAGAGCACCGACUUCAACCAUCUCACUGUUCUCCACAACGCUAUGAUUGUCACAAUGGAUCCCGACAGUCGAGUCUUCCGGAACGGCGGAAUUGCGAUCUCCGGCGACAAAAUCAAAGCCAUCGGCCACUCUUCCGAGAUUCUCCUCCAAUUCUCUGCUUCUGCCGACCACAUUAUUGACCUUCAUUCUCAAAUCUUGCUUCCUGGGUUUAUUAACACGCAUGUCCACACUUCUCAGCAGCUCGCGAGAAGCAUAGCCGACGAUGUGGAUUUGAUGACUUGGUUGCACCAUCGUAUUUGGCCCUACGAAUCCACCAUGACUGAGGAAGAUUCCUAUGUUUCCUCUUUACUUUGUGGUAUAGAACUCAUUCACUCGGGUGUAACAUGCUUCGCUGAGGCAGGGGGACAACAUGUAUCUGGAAUGGCUAAGGCCGUAGAGUUGUUGGGUUUGCGGGCGUGCUUAACUCAGUCAAUAAUGGACUGUGGGGAAGGAUUGCCAGCUCCUUGGGCUGCUGUAACCACUGAUGAUUGCAUUCAGUCUCAAAAGGAGCUUUACAAGAAGCACCACAACACAGCAGAUGGGCGCAUCAGAGUAUGGUUUGGUAUCAGACAAAUUAUGAAUGCAACAGAUCGUCUAUUGAUCGAAACACGGGACAAUGCGAUAAAACUAGAAACUGGGAUCCACAUGCAUGUUGCAGAGAUACCCUAUGAGAACCUCAAAGUGAUGAACGAACGAAAUGUUGAUCAUGGAACCGUUACUUACCUGGAUAAAAUACAGUUCCUCGGAAACAAUUUACUUUCUGCACAUACUGUUUGGGUCAAUGACAAUGAGAUUAGUUUUCUUUCAAGGAAUGGGGUCAAAGUAUCCCACUGUCCUGCUUCUGCAAUGAGAAUGCUUGGAUUUGCACCUAUCAGAGAGAUGCUUGAUGCUGGUAUUUGUGUUUCCAUUGGAACAGAUGGAGCUCCGUCAAAUAAUAGAAUGAGCAUAGUUGAUGAAAUGUACCUUGCAUCACUCAUUAAUAAAGGCCGGGAAGUGUUUGUAAAUGGAACAACCAAUCCCUCUGUUCUUCCUGCUGAAGUAGUUCUACAAAUGGUGACAAUAAAUGGUGCAAAAUCAGUGCUUUGGGAGAAUGAAAUAGGAUCACUUGAAGUUGGGAAGAAGGCGGAUAUGGUUGUGAUCAAUCCUUCCUCUUGGUCCAUGGUUCCUGCCCAUGACAGUAUUUCAUGCCUUGUCUACAGUAUGAGGACUGAAAAUGUUGUCUCUGUAAUGUGCAAUGGCCGGUGGAUAAUGAAAGAUAAGAAGAUCGUUAAUGUAAACGAGGAAGAUGUAAUAUUGAUGGCAAAAAAAGCUUGUAAGGAACUGGUUGAGAGAGCAGGAAUAAGAAUUCCGAACAGAAUGAACUUCAUCUAAUCGCCAGCAGGUUAUGUUCAGUUUCUUGGUUUUGAUUUUCAUCAAACUGUUUAAGCUUUGCGUAUGGAACUGAUGCUUUGUUGUGUUUAAGUGUUUGAAUGAAUUGAUAUCUUUGAGUUAUGUAUUAGCCACUUUAUCAUUAAGUUUCUCUGUACAAACUCAUCCAUUUAAGGAGGUUUGAGUA